AUGAACCCCGGUGCAGGGGGCCCAGUGGGAGGUGUGCCCAUGAUCAACAAUGGCUCUGCCGCCCCCCGUAACGAACAAAACAUCAACAUUCCUGAAAACAUGAUCAACAACCUCAACACUUAUAUCUACGAUUAUUUCUUGAAGCGCGGCUACCACGAUUGUGCUAGGGCGCUUGUGAAGGACGAGUCCAUCAAACUUAAUACCGAGCCGCCGAUCAAGACGAGUCCGGGUCAUCGUCGCGAUGCCGACGUGAACGGUGUCGACGGUGAUACAAUGAUGACGGAUGGGAAGGAUGGAGAUAAAAUGAAGAUUCCUGAUGACCUCCCCCGCCCUAAUCUCCCUAAUGAAGGACAGCAGUCGUCAUUCCUCCUUGACUGGUUUAGCCUCUUCUGGGAUUUCUUCUGGGCUCAGCGCAAGAAGGGAAACAGCAAUGAUGUGAGGAGUUAUCUUACACACACCCAGAAUAUGAUGCGCCUCAGGGAACAACAUCAGAAUCAAUUAUUACGACAGCAGCCACUGAUGAAUGGACAGAUGGGCCAAAAUAUAAUUCGCCGAAACGGCAUGGUCCCCCCUAAUCUUCAAAAAACUGUGUUGCAGAACAAUACUUCUGGCCUGUCGCAACAACAACUCGCCCAGAUGCAUAAAAACCAGCAGGUCCAGAUCAUGCAACAGAUGCAGCGAGAGCAUUCGGACAUGGACAUGAACGGCCAUCGACCCCAGUCCCCCGCAUCGGCAGAAAAUGCCCCGUCUCCGUCGAAACGACCUCGCCUCGAAGGUGGCCCCAUGAACGGGCAGCAACUGGCGCCUAACGGACGCGGUCAGGCCCAGGGUAUCCCAGGCCAGCCGACCCCGCAAGCACUUUUGAUGCAGAACGGACUCAAUCGGGCGAUGAACCCCAAUCAGUUCCAGGCUUUCCAGCAGUCGGGACCGGCUGCGCAGCAGAAACAGAUGCAGGUAUAUGCUCACAACUUGGCCGUUCAUCACACACGCUCAGCAUUGACGAACCAGGGCAUGCCGAAUGGUAUGAUGAAUCCCGCGAAUGUCAUGGCAAACCCGCAGACGGAAAUGGUGUCCAUACCGGAAGGCCAGGUGUAUCCCAUCAACGGUGACUACUAUGGCGCGAAUGGUCAAAUGGCCCAGGUUCGGACGGGGAUGCAGACACCUGGCGGUCAGCACGGCAACCACGCUCUCCAGGAUUAUCAGAUGCAACUUAUGCUGCUCGAACAGCAGAAUAAGCGGCGUCUGAUGAUGGCUCGCCAGGAGCAGGACAGCAUGGCUCGGCCUGAUGGCCAACCCCCAUUGCCCGGGCAGCAGUUGCCACCAGGCACCUCGCCCCAAGGCAGCAGGGCUGGCACAUCGCCGAAUCCCAACGACCAAAUGAAGCGAGGCACCCCGAAGAUGCCCCAGACCGGCCUCCCCGGAUCACCGAGCGCUGCCGACGCGAUGGCCCAGGGCCGUGGAUCCCCGGCAUCCAUGAACUUCCCUGGUGGCCAGAUGCCUCCCGAGAUGGCGGGUCCCCAGUUCUUCGUCAAGAACAUGGCUGAUGGUAUGGCGGCCCCCAACGGCAUGCGUCCUCCGAGCUCCAAUCCUGCGUUCAGCGCCCCUCAGAUGGGUCAACCGAUUCAAGCUGGUGCUGGCAAUCGCAUGCCCAACGGAGGUUGGCAGCCGCAGCAAGGAGCUCAGGGCCAGCCGAUGGCGCCGCAGCAGUCGCCCGCGACCCAGCCUCAGUCCACGGGAACGCCUCAGGAAAGGAAUGCCAUGCCGCCGCCCCAAGCUCCCCCAGCACCUGGUGCCAACGUCGGUCGAACCCAGCCUCCGUCGCCCCAAACCGCCGCUCCGCCGACGCCGCAGCAAGGCAACAAGCCCGCUCCGAAGAAGAAGGAGACCAAGGAUAGCCGGAAGCGACCGAAGAAGGGCGCUGCUGCUGCCGCCGCCGCCGCCCAGGCGAACACGGCUGCCACGCCAUCUUCCGAAGCAGAACAUCCGCCGACGCCUACGCCGUCGACGCCGAUCACGCCCCAGCAUCCGAACUCGUUCAACAAGGCCGGUGCAAAUGCUACGACUAGUGCUCCGCAGCAGCCAACGUCUGCCCCUGCACCUCCGCCACUUGUUCAACAGCCUCCGGACCAGACGCAGCAGCCUUUCAAUGAACUGAGCAUCCCUGAUGCAUCGGCUUUCAAUCUGGACUUUAGCGCCUUAGAAAACCCGGACAUCCUGGAGAAUUUCGACUUCGAUACGUUCCUCAACACUGAUGCAGACACUGCUGGAUUUGGAUUUGACCCCAACAUAUCGUAUCCAACCGAUGGUGUUGAGACCGGUGCCGGUGAUGGCUUGUGA